AUGAAGCAAGACAGAAAUGAAAAACAAUCCGUUGAUACAAAAGCGGGAAAGCCCAACACACUACAGAGGCCAGAUACUACACUAAAGGUCACCAAGGAACAACUUUUAGCCAAAGCAAACAAUAUGUACUCUCGAUUUAAAAUUCGACUCAAAUGGCUUUUGAAAAAAUCGAAUCGACCAUUCAAUACUGAUGACUAUUCAGCGUUCUUUUCCUGGAUAGUUGUUGGUAACGUGUUUUUGUUCUUUGUGGCAACAACGACAUUCUUCUCUCUUGUGAUUUUUACGGCAAAUACGGUGUUUGCACAAGAGUUUGUCGCUAGAAAGUUUGGAGAAAUAAUUACCAAAAAUUCAAACAUCACAGUCACGUUUGAGAGUGCAAUUGUCCCCGGUUGGUCAGACGGGAAAAUAAGUUUCAGAAAGUGCUUUGUUAGUAGAAGACCCAAAAAGAUCGAGAAAUUCACCAAGGGAUCCCAAAAAGCGGAGUACGAAAAGAGUUUACUUGUUAAUGACGACGUGGAUGAAAGCGAAAAAGACAUUUUUGAAGACGAUGGAAACUACACUCAGUUUGAUCUCACAAUAGAGGAAGUCAAUAUUUCAUUGUCAUUCAAUAAAUGGGUCAAUGGGACCGGCAUGAUUGAGACUUUGGAAAUGAAAGGUGUGCGAGGAAUAGUUGAUCGUACCCACGUGCGAUGGGAUCCAGACGAUGAUGCCACUAACUACAAGAAUGUGUACCAGCCUGGGGAUUUCGAAUUUGAAGAGUUCAAAAUGGAAGAUGUGUUGUUCGAAUUGAAGCAGCCCAAUGGGUUCAGGCCAUUUGAUGUUUCAAUUUACAAUUGCGAGUUGUCGAAAUUGAGAAAACACUGGUUGUUUUACGAUUUUUUGAACGCAGAGGUGAUGAGUGGCUCGUAUGACAACUCCUUGUUUACUGUACAUAAAAAGCAACGAUUGAGCGAUUUUUCAAUCAAUGACGAAGGGAGAGAGAGUCCACUGAGCAAAUGGAAAAGAGUGACUUGCUUGCGAGUAGACUCGUUGAAUAUAGAUCAUUUGAAUAGGGGACUUGAAGGCCCAUUUGGAUGGAUAACAAGUGGUAAGGUGGAUAUGAUUGGUGAAAUAAUGGUUCCACGGGAGGAUAACAACGAUAUUGGUGUGAAAGAGAUUGUCAAUAUGAUUGCCGACUCAAUAACAAAGGAGGCUACGAGGUACAAAAAUCCAGAAGUUCAGUCAAAGCAUCCCGAUAUGCAUACACGUUUGACACAUGAUGAUUACACUGAUAUAUCAAAGUAUUUCGUUCUAGAUCUAACCAUACGUUUAAAUAAUGUGAGGGCAACGGUGCCAUUCAAAGCACCUGAGUUGUCAUACAUCAAUUAUGCACUCAUUAGACCAAUUGUUGCCUAUAUCAACUCCAAAAACACAUUUAUCGAAAUCCACAACCGAGUGGUAAAGAACAUAAAAGAUUUUGAUGGCUCUUGGACCGUCUACGACUCGCUCUUGAUGGAUGAUAUUUCCGAGGAGGUUUAUGACAAUUUUGUUGAUUAUGUUGCUGAUGAGGAGGCGAGACUAAUUAGGGUCAAAAGGGUUGGCUUUUGGUCACUUCAGUUGUUUCUCCAAUUGGUGCUUCUUGGUUUGGGCACAUUGGCAUAA